GUGGUGAUCGAAUUUGUCUUGGGGUUCUCUUUUGGACAAAUACUAUCCGUAGAUAAUAAUUGACUCCCCUACAACCUUUGAAUAGCUGAUAACCAGUUCUUCAAAUGGCAAACAUAGAACCUUUGACAGAAGAAAUCAAGCCAGCAGAUGUUGAUGAUGCCUAUAGUUUCGACCCUUUUGCGCUGAUAGAUGUAACUUGUGAUAAUAAGACUGAGCAACAAUCGUCUACUCUGAGGCCAGAAGUUUCCCUCAAGUUUGAAGACCUCUGUGUGAGUGUUAAUGAGAAGAAUUUUUGGAAGAAACUUCCAGGCGAAAAGAAAAUCUUGCAAGAUAUAGCAGGAACGGUUCGUUCUGGCCAACUCCUUGUUAUUAUGGGUCCUUCAGGCUCUGGGAAGACGACCUUGUUGAACGCACUUGCAGGAAGACUGUCUGCAUCAGGAAAUUUUAACGCAACUGGGACAAUAACGGUGAACGGAAUGAAAAGGAAUCCAGCUACUUUCAAGAAAAUAAGUGCAUACGUUAUGCAGGACGAAAAUAUGUUUGCAAAUUUGACUGUUGAAGAGCAAAUUUCCAUUUCCGGUAAGUUACGACUUUCGAGAACUUUUUCGGAGCAAGAGAAAAGACGUCGUAUCGAAGACGUAAUUUCUGAGAUGGGUCUGAUGGAGACAAAAGAACAUUUAUCGGUUCAGAAAACAGGCGAGGUACCCUUCUUUACUGUUUUUGGANGAACCGACUUCCGGACUGGAUUCAUUCAACGCGAAAAUGUCGUUAAAACGUUGGUUCGUUUAUCGAAGGAUCAUCGUGCCGUCGUGAUGACAGUUCAUCAACCGGGAAGCAAUAUAUUCAAUCUUUUUGAUAUGCUAUUGUUGCUUUCGAAAGGAAAAAUAAUGUAUUUUGGACCAGCAAAGAAAGCGGUCUUAUAUUUCUCUCUUUUGGGAUACGAGUGUCCAAGUCAUUCUAAUCCCGCAGACUAUUUCUUGGAUCUAAUUGCGGUGGAUAUUCGUUCAUCUAAGCUAGAACAGGAUUCACUUUCCCGUAUUGCAUUUCUUCAUAAAGCAUACAACGAAAAUGUAUCUCUACAAAACAGAAUCAGAGAAAAAGAGGCCACAUGGGAAAGCACAGAAGAUUCGAACGGAAUGAACGAGAAUGAAACUUGGGAGAAGCAUCCUUAUCCGUAUUGGAUGGAAUUUUCUGUUUUAUUGAUUCGUGCAUGGAAACUUCUUAUUCGCGAAAGAGUUGUUGCUGGAAUUCGUACAGUCCAAACCUUGAUUUUUUCGAUACUAGUUGGUCUCAUUUGGCUUAACAAAGGGCGAAAUAUCUCCUCCAGCAACUAUGAAGGUAUAGAAGGUGUAUUAUUUUACAUUCUUAUCAUUCAAAGUUUCAUGGCAAUAUUUGGAAUAAUAUUUGCAUUUCCACUGGAACGUUCGAUUGUUUUGAGAGAGCGUGCUAGUGGCAUGUAUCGAGUGUCCGCUUAUUACCUUUCAAAGAUACUGGUGGAGCUUCCUCGAACAAUUUUGUUUUGUUUGCUAUUCUGCGUUGUGUCAUAUUGGAUGAUUGGCCUUCGAGAUUCCGUAGACUCUUUUUUUCUUUUUGUUGUUGUCAUGCUUUUGAAUUCAUUGACCGUCGAAGGAAUUGCUUUGACUGUUUCUGCAGCAGCACCAACACCGAAGGUAGCUGCAGUAACCGUACCACUUAUUUUAAAUAUAGCUGUUCUUUUUGGAGGUGCUUUGUUAUCAAACGCAGAGAUACCGAAUCAUUUUGUUUGGUUAAAAUUUUCAUCUUUUAUGAAAUAUUCAUAUGGGGCAUUGAUGCAAAACCAGUUUGUCGAUUUUGCGUUUCAGAGCCUUAGUAAGACUUGCGUCAUUUGCGACGGGAAUGAAGUUCUUGAAGAUUCUGGAAUCACCGAUUUCUCCAUGGCGGGAAAUAUUGGAAUGCUGCUAAUGGAAUUGUUAGUCUUUCGAAUAGCGGCAUAUUUGGUUCUACGAAUGAGAGGUCCCAAACACGACAAAGCCUUGCAAAUGUCCCAUUAUUGUUUUGUUUUUGUUUCCUUCUUUGUUCUUUGUACUGAUGGUGCUUAUUUGGUAGCAAUGAUAACAACAAAAAUAUUUGAGAUAGAAAUCACAAUUCUAUCAGGGGGCGACUAUCAUUUUGUGUUGAGCAUAUGCAGCCUCACUCAUUCUUUUCAAACUAUUACGCUCUCACUUGUUAUAUUAUUUGCGUCAUUCUGUCAAAUCUUAAAGGUUACCACUUACUUUGCUCCCAUCACGCAAGCCCUCAGCACAUAAUCCAAGUUUCGCAGAGAGAUACAGUCAUUUCAAGUAAGAAAUAUAAAUGUCUUCUUCCGAAAGUGGAUUAAUUUCACAGUAAAUUUUUUUUCUCUUAG